GCACGUGCGUGCUGCAGCGAGUCUAGGCAUGAAUUCUUCUGAUUUUCGAAAUUUGACGAGUCCUGAUUACGGACGAUGUGCAGAUCAUCAGCACAAGCGUCUUCAAGGUCUUGUGCGGCCUCAUAUUGAAUCAUUCAACUUCAUGGUAGAAGAAGGCUUGUCAUACGCAAUAUCUAACAUACCAAAUGUUGAAUUUAAGGAUCAACUCAAUAGAAAAAUGUCUCUCUUUUAUCAAGAUGUCACUAUUGCUUAUCCUUCAUUAUCAGAAGUAGCCAUAAUGGGUGACACACUCAGGGUCUUUCCAUCAGAGUGUCGACAGAAAGGCACCACCUACAAAGCCAAGGUGCAAGUGACUGUUGGAUGGAAGGUAGACAACACGUUACACAGUGUAGCAUCUCGUGUGAUCGGACAGAUUCCAAUCAUGGUGAAGUCUGCUCGCUGCUCAUUGCAUGGCCUUAGUCCCUAUCAACUGGCUCAACGGAGCGAAGAAAUGGAAGAAAUGGGUGGGUAUUUCAUUAUUAAUGGAAUUGAGAAAGUUAUUCGAAUGAUAGUCACACCGAGAAGGAAUUACCCUCUAGCAUUUGCACGACCAUCGUGGAAGGGAAAGGGCUCAUUGUUUACCGAAUAUGGAGUAAUAAUGCGAAGCGUUCGCAGGGAUCAGUCAGCAGAGCUUGUUACACUGCAUUAUGUGUUGGAUGGCACCUGCACUCUUGCUGUGACAAAGAACAGAGAGAAUCUUUAUAUUCCUAUUAUUUUUAUUCUUAAGGCUCUUGUUACUACUACUGAUCAGAACAUUUACAGUGAGUUGGUGAAGGGAAGAGAAAAUGAACAGUUUGUCAAGAGCUGUGCUUUGAGUAUGCUGAGGCAAGGACAAGACCAUGGAAUAGUCACUCAACACGAUGCUCUCAAAUAUCUUGGUGACAGACUGAGAAUAAAGGCAGAAGUCGCCGAGUGGUACUCAGUUGAGGAUGUUGCUCGAUCAAUUCUAAAACAACACAUUUGUGUGCACUUGGACAGCAACCUAGACAAGUUUAAUCUAAUCAUUUUUAUGAUACGAAAGCUUCUGUCUCUUGUCAGCGGUCAGUGUAUGGCUGACUCUUCAGACUCGCCUAUGAACCAGGAAGUUCUGUUGGGAGGACACCUUUACCUUACUGUUCUGAAGGAGAAACUCGAUGCAUGGCUCAGAAAUUUACGCACAACAAUGGAUAGACAAUUGAAAGAUGGUCGAAAAGGUAAGCGGAUUGAUGUGCUUGUAUCAGCGGUGAAGCAAGGACCAGACGUUGGGCGACAGAUGGAGUAUAUGCUUGCUACUGGAAAUGUUGUGUCUAGAUCGAGUUUGUCACUGCCUCAGGUUAAUGGUUUAUCUGUUGUUGCGGAGAAGAUCAAUUUUUAUCGCUUUCUGUCUCACUUUCGAUGUUUGCACCGAGGUGCAUAUUUUGCCAAGAUGAGGACAACGGCUGUACGAAAAUUGCUGCCAGAGAGCUAUGGAUUCAUCUGUCCUGUUCAUACUCCUGAUGGUGCUCCUUGUGGCCUCCUCAAUCACCUUGCUGCACUGUGUGAAGUCACAAACACAUCACCUCCUGUUGGUCAUCUUCCUCGUCUUCUCUCAUCUUAUGGAAUGAUUCCACUAGGAUCAGCAGGAGACAGAGAUUCUGGAGACAUUAAAAUUCCGGUUUUGUUAAACGGACGGUUGAUUGGGAGUGUGGGCAGUGAUAUCGCUCAACAAGUUGCUGAUCAGUUGAGAAUGCUAAAAGUGCAAGGCCAAGAGAGGGUGCCUAAGGAUCUAGAGAUUGCAUUCAUCCCAAAAACAGAUGCUGGUCUGUAUGCUGGUUUCUACUUGUUUUCAACGCCUGCAAGACUCAUUCGACCUGUUCAUAACCUUCGGGUCUCGGGAGCUGUGGAAAUGAUUGGCGUUCUUGAACAGGUUUAUCUUGAUAUUGCUGUGUGUCCUGAAGAGAUUUAUGAAGGGGUUACAACUCAUUUGGAAUUGAAAGCUGACAGUCUGCUAAGCAUCAUUGCCAAGCUCACCCCAUUCUCAGAUUUCAACCAGAGCCCAAGAAACAUGUACCAAUGUCAGAUGGGCAAACAAACGAUGGGCACACCAGCUCACACGAUUAAGAAUCGUGCCGACACAAAACUUUACCAAAUUCAGACACCACAAACCCCUAUCGUUCGACCAGCUGUUUACACAGAUUAUCAAAUGGAUGAAUAUCCAAUCGGAACAAACGCUGUCGUUGCCGUUAUUGCAUACACAGGUUAUGAUAUGGAAGAUGCGAUGGUCAUAAACAAGGCAUCAGCAGAAAGAGGGUUUGCAUAUGGCAGCAUUUACAAGUCGGAGAUUGUAGAUUUGGCAAAGAAAGCAACAGGAAGUAUCAAGCAAAUCGCUUAUCGAUUUGGAGUUUAUCGAGAUGACAGUAAGACAUCUAGUUUAGAACACGACGGUCUACCUGCCGUUGGGUCAAUAAUCAAAGAAGGUGACCCGCUUUACUGUUACAUUGAUCAAGCUACUGGAGAGGCAAAGGUUGCAACCUACACAAGCCCUGAAAUUGCAUUUGUUGACGAUGUGAAGCUUUUGGGUGAUGACUAUGGAACUGGUGAACUUCAGAGAGUUCUUAUCAAACUUCGAAUACCAAGAUCACCGAAUAUUGGUGACAAGUUUUCUAGUCGUCACGGUCAAAAGGGAGUGUGCAGCAUGUUGUGGCCAUCAGAGGACAUGCCCUUUUCAGAGUCUGGAAUCGUUCCAGACAUUAUAUUUAACCCACAUGGAUUUCCAUCUCGUAUGACAAUCGGGAUGAUGAUUGAGAGUAUGGCAGGAAAGUCAGCAGCUUUGCAUGGUUUAUGUCACGAUGCGACUCCGUUUACAUUCUCUGAGGAUAAUUCCGCGAUUGACUACUUUGGAAAAUGUCUACAAGCAGCUGGUUACAACUACUUUGGUAACGAACGAAUGUACAGCGGAAUAACAGGACGUGAAUUCGAAGCAGACAUUUUUAUUGGCAACAUCUACUAUCAACGUCUACGUCACAUGGUGGCCGACAAGUUCCAAGUGAGAACUACAGGACCAAUAGACCAGCUCACCCACCAACCAGUGCAGGGAAAACGGAACAAGGGAGGCAUUCGAUUCGGAGAGAUGGAACGUGAUGCUCUAUUAGCUCAUGGAACGUCUUUCUUGUUGCAAGAUCGACUCCUUAAUUGCUCUGACAGAAGCGUGACUCAAAUCUGUACAUCAUGUGGCAGUAUCCUGUCUCCCGUCUUUGAUCAAGCACCGAGUGGUGCAGCCGCAAAAGCUGUCACAUCCAAACGUCGAUGGCGCUGCAAAGUCUGUCAAUCUUCCGAUCACAUUGAGACACUCGCCAUUCCUUACGUCUGCAAGUAUCUCAUAGCAGAGCUCGCCGCUAUGAACAUCAAGGUAACACUCGAUGUCAAGUGAUUGUUGAGUCCAGAUAUUAAUCGAUUAUUAACACAAUUGAGUUGUAAAUUGUAUCAUUGAUUUCAAUGACACUCUAGAAAAUUAUUGAGUUUGAUUGCA